CAGCUACAAGAAUGCACGAAGAAGAAGCGGCGGUUACGUCAUCAUUGUGAUCCCUACGACUACUUGUGGACACUUUCUGGGCUGAAAGGCUGUUUUUCAAAUAAACAGCUUUGUUGGAGUUUUUAGAGUUUUCUGUGAGGGAGUAAAGAAUCUGCUCAGCUCACUUCUCUCCGAGGUCCAGCAGCCACAGUCAGUCGCCAUGGCGUCUCCAGGAGGACAAGGAGGAGGAGCUCUUGUGACGAGAGGAGGUGGCGGAGCCCGGAGGAUGAAAUGGACUCUGGAGCUCAGUAUGGGCAAUACGAGGACUCGUGGUGACCGGCAGGGGGGUCAAGGAGACGUCGUCUACCCUAUUGGCUACUCGGAGAAACCCGUCCCCGACACCAGCAUCCAAGAGACAGACAAGAACCUGGUGGAGAAGCGCUGUUGGGACGUGGCCCUGGGGCCACUGAAGCAAAUCCCCAUGAACCUGUUUAUCAUGUACAUGUCGGGCAACACAAUCUCCAUCUUCCCCAUCAUGAUGGUGUGUAUGAUGGCCUGGAGGCCCAUCCAGGCGCUCAUGUCCAUGUCGGCCACCUUCAAACUGCUGGAGAGCUCUAGUCAGCAGUGGCUUCAGGGGCUCGUCUACCUGAUUGGGAACCUUCUGGGCUCAGCGCUGGCCGUCUACAAGUGUCAGUCCAUGGGACUGCUCCCCACGCACUCCUCUGACUGGCUGGCGUUCAUAGACCCGCCUCAGAGGAUGGAGAUGAUGGGUGGAGGGAUGUUGCUGUGAAGAAGAAGGAGGAGGAGUGUGCAUGCAAACACACUUUUUGUGUCUUUGUCCUUCUUAAAUUAUAGUAAUAUAAACAAACACCUGCCAUGACCCUUUGGCCUCGUGUGGUGUUGUGUGUUAUUGAGCAGGAUUUACACACUUGUGCUUGGAUGCGUCUCUUUGACAGUGUCGUGUACUUAAAUUAGAUUGUCAUCAGUUCUGCCACAUUAAUGUGUGUCAAUCAUUUGGUUUGUAUUCUGUCAUUGACCUGCUUCUAAAAAACAAAAGAUCAUUAGUUCCAUGGACAUUUUAAUUUACCGUUUUUCCAUCCUGAUCUUCGCUGGAGUCUAAUUUCAUCAACUUGCCUGUUUCGUGCUCACUGAGAUGUUUCUAUAAUUGACCAUCUUGAAGUAAAGAUUAUUUAUACAGAUUUUUCUGUGAAAAUGUUUAUUAAAUAAAACGAAUAAAUGU